UGUAUUGUUUUGCUUUUCUACUGAAAAAUUAAGUUGUAAGUGAAGUAGAAAUCUAGUGCUAGCAACUAGCUAUUUUUAUGGCGUACUGUCUCACUGGAUCAAUCUUAUAUUUGACUUUUAGGCUAGUUUCCACUUAAAUGAAAAUGAUUGAAUCGAUCAACAUCAAUCGAAAAAAAGUAGAAAGCAAUCCUGGAAACUUACCUUUAAAUUGUUUGUUUUUAAUUGUUUGUUUUUUCUUGUUUGGUUACAAGAUACUUGUAUAUUUGAUAUUUAUUAUGAUUUUAUGAGAUACAUGUAAUUAUCACACAGAAUAAUGUUAUUGUGGUAAUGAAAGAGCUGGAUCGAUGAAUUUUUCAAAUGCUGCCCUUAAUUAAAGAUAGAUCUUCUUUGAAUCUGAUAACAGAUUCAAGCAAUAAUUUUUAUACAACAUUGGGCUUAAUUAAGAAACUCAUUCAAAGUGAAAAAGAUGUUGUCUUAUUGUGCUAUCACAUGUCACCUCGAUUCUAUCAAUCAAAUCUCAAUUUAGAUUUGGAAAGAGUUCUUUAUUACGAUGGUUUUCAUGAUCCACUAUCAUGGAAUGUUGACAAGGAUACCAGGAGCGAUAACUCGUCGUUAAAAACGCCUUACGAAGCUGUAACAAAAAUUGUCAAAGAUUUUAAACUAGAUGACGCUACAGUAGUGAUUGAUGACUUGGUCUUGUUUGGCAGAAGUGUUGGCGUUAUUGACCACAAUGGAGUAUGGGAGGGAAUGUUCCACCUACUACAUCAUUUAUCGGAAGAUUACCGUCUUUUUUAUUUUGUAAACCCUGUGGUGACAAAUGAAUAUCACGUGCAAUCAUUGAAGCAUGUUUCGUCGUAUCAGUUGAACAUCUCAUGUUGUCAUCACUCGUCAUCAUAUCAAUGUGAAUCCGUUUUGAAGAAAAAGUCGGGAAAAGUAUCAAGAGAGAUUUUCACUGCUUCUCUGCAAGAACUUGAUUUUAUUGUAUCAAAACAAACCAACGUUGUUACCGACACGAAUUCUGCUCAAAGUGAUAACAACGUCGAUCCUACCUCCAAUUUGACAUUUAAUCUGCGUUUGACUGAAUCUGAAAAGCAAGCCAGAGCGAACACUGUACUACCAUAUCUGCUGACUGAAACUGACAAAGCUUCGCAGUUAAAAAAAUCAACUGCUAUGGGUGGUCACGUGAUUUAUACACCUGAUGAAAGUGAUGAUUUCGAUGACGAGGAUCCGGACGAUGAUUUGGAUAUUUAACCGACCGAACGCUCGACAUCAGAUGGAAGAAAAAAAUCAUCGUUGCUCACGUGAUUAAAAGUGUUAGAAACCAGUCUCCCUCUAAAACGACGAACAAAUAUGUCGUUUUACACCAAGAAAUAUUUAUGAAUGCAUUUAUGCAUUAAGAAUUUAAUUUUUUUAACAUCGCAUGUUUAUAAAAUCAAGAAAAAUGAUGAAAAAUAUCUGAUUUAGAAAA